CGGGCAGCGACAGAGCAUGUCCACUAUAAAGCCCAUCACUCGCGACCUACAUUCCGCUUUGGAAAGCUCGGUUGCACUUUCCGCAGAUUCUUUUUUUCACGACCUUGCACAUGGAACGCUAUACAAUUGAGCGCGAGCUCGCGAACGCCAUCUUUGGCAAGAUCCUCCUCUGCUACGACCGCCGCGCCAAGCGCCGCGUCGUCGUCAAGCGUGUUCAAGUGGCCGCGGCCAACGCGCGUCGGUCCUGGGACGCCCAGCACGCCGUGUCCGAAAACUUUGCGUUUGAAAAGAUGGUGCACCUCGCGCUCUCGCACGAGCACCUUGUGAUGGCGCACGAGACCGUUGCUCUCGGUGACUUUGACCACUUGGUCAUGGAGUACUGCCCUCGCGGCGACCUCUUCUCGCAUGUGCAGAAAUUACACAAGUUGCCGGCGACGGAGGCGCACCGCUUCUUUGGUCAAAUCGCGCGCGCUGUCGCCUACAUGCACGCGCAGGGGUACGCCCACGGCGACCUCUCGCUCGAAAACGUCUUCCUCGACGCUCACGGACAGUGCAAGCUCGGCGACUUUGGCCUCGCGGCGCCAUUGCAUGGGACGCGCGUGGUCGGUGGUGGCAAGUUCUUCUACAUGGCACCAGAGAUGUUCACGCCCGACGGCUACGACCCCGAGAAGGCCGACGUGUGGGCGCUCGGUAUCAUGGUCUUCAUUAUGCUCACGGGCGCGCCGCUCUUUCAAAAGGCGACGACAGCCGACGGCGUCUACCGGUUCUACAUCCACGCGACGACCAACCGACUGGAGCAAAUUCUGGACGGCUGGAAAGUCGCCGACGUUGUGGCGCCGGCCCUCCUCGACCUCCUCUCGCAGAUGCUCUCGGUGGACCCGGCGCGACGGCCGACCAUGGCCACGGUGGUAGCGCACCCCUACGUCGCGGCAGCGCCCUGUGGCUCGCGCCUGCAGCGGUUUCCGCGGGUUCGCCGGCUCUUGGCGAGUCUCUUUCAACGUCGUGGCGGGUAAUUUUUCGAUCGAAGAAAUUUGACUAGUCGACGUAUUUACAACUAUUUUUGCAGUGAAAAUGCACAUAUUGUCGAUGGCA